CUCCCAUAAAAUUCUCAGAGGAAAAUGGCAAAAGGAAAUAAUUCCUUAGUGACGGAGUUCGUCCUGGCGGGGCUCACAGAGAAGCCGGAACUCCAGCUGCCCCUCUUCCUCCUCAUCUAAUUUAACACUGAAUGUAUUCAAGGAUUAGGAAUAAGUAUCAUGAUCCAUUCAUGGCAUUCCAGUUUCAUAAAUUCAAGAAUGUAUUUCCUCAGCAGUCUGUCCUUCAUCGAUCUCUGUCAUUCCACUGUCAUUACCCCCAAAAUGCUGCUGAACUUUGUGACAGAGAAGAACAUCAUCUCCUACCCUGCAUGCAUGACUCAGCUCUACUUCUUCCUUGUUUUUGUUAUAUCAGAAUGUCACAUGUUGGCUGCAAUGGCAUAUGACCGCUACGUGGCCAUCUGUAACCCACUGCUUUAUAACGUCAUCAUGUCUUAUCAGGUCUGUUCGUGGAUGGUAGUUGGAGUCUAUGUCAUGGGCUUGGUCGGUGCCACCGCUCACACAGCCUGCAUGCUCAGAGUGCUUUUCUGUAAGACUGACAUAAUCAACCAUUAUUUCUGUGAUCUUUUCCCACUCUUGGAGCUCUCCUGUUCCAGCAUUUACAUCAACGAGGUCUUAGUUCUGUGCUUCAGUGCGUUUAAUAUCCUCUUUCCCACCCUGACUAUCCUUAGCUCCUACGUCCUCAUCAUUGCCAGCAUCCUCCGAAUCCGCUCCACUGAGGGCAGGUCCAAAGCCUUCAGCACCUGCAGCUCCCACAUCUCGGCUGUUUCCGUCUUCUUUGGAUCCACAGCAUUCAUGUACCUGCAGCCAUCCUCGGUCAGCUCCAUGGACCAAGGGAAAGUAUCCUCUGUGUUUUAUACCAUUGUGGUGCCCAUGCUGAACCCCCUCAUCUACAGCCUGAGGAAUAAAGAUGUCAAAGUUGCCUUAAAUAAGUUCUUGGGAAAAAGACGGUUUCUGUAG